UCCCAUCCGUCGUCAUGACUCACCCCUCCAACUGACCAUUUCAUUCCGGGCCAGGACACGUGAAUUUCAACAGUAUCGCAUGUAGCCGAGAAACAAAAAUAUAGCCAAAUAAUCACCACUUCUCUGUUCAUUACACAACAUGGCUUUCAUAGACUUUCUCUCCAACCCAACCUCCAUAGCUAUCUCUGUUUUCUCUCUCAUCCUUGCCAUCUUCAUCCUGCAAAUCCUCAGCAGUAAAUUACAGAAUCAACAGGGGAAGAAGAAGUACCAUCCAAUUGGUGGCACCAUAUUUAAUCAGCUGAUCAACUUCAAUAGGUUGCACCAUUACAUGACUGAUCUUGCUGGGAAGUACAAGACUUACAGAUUGAUUAGCCCUUUCAGGAAUGAGAUUUAUACUGCCGACCCAGUAAAUGUUGAGUAUAUUCUCAAAACAAACUUCGAAAAUUAUGGCAAGGGAGAGCUUAAUUACAUCAAUUUAAAGGAUCUAUUAGGAGAUGGAAUUUUCACAGUGGAUGGUGACAAGUGGCGUGAACAGAGAAAAGUAUCAAGCCAUGAAUUCUCCACAAGGAUAUUAAGGGACUUUAGCAGCAAAGUGUUCAGGAAAAAAGUAGCGAAACUCGCUGACAUAGUUUCCGAAGCUGCAACUUCCAAUCAAAUAAUGGAUAUUCAGGAUCUGUUUAUGAAAUCAACCUUAGAUUCUAUAUUCAAAGUUGCAUGUGGAGUGGAACUGGACAGCAUGUGUGGUUCAAGUGAAGAAGGCAGCAAAUUUAGCAAUGCUUUUGAUGAUGCAAGUGCAGUGACUCUUUGGCGAUAUGUUGAUAUCCUGUGGAAGAUUAAGAAAGCUCUCAAUAUAGGAUCGGAAGCUGAGUUAAAGAGGAAUAUCAAAGUGGUUGAUGAUUUUGUGUUUAAGCUGAUCCGUAGCAAGACUGAGCAUAUGCACAAGUCACAAGAUGAUUCUUCUUUAAAGAAAGAAGAUAUUUUGUCGAGGUUUUUGCAAUUGAGUGAAGUAGAUCCAAGGUACAUACGAGACAUUAUAUUGAACUUCAUAAUUGCUGGCAAAGACACCACAGCUACGACUCUUUCAUGGUUCAUCUACAUGCUUUGCAAGCAUCCUGCCAUACAAGAAAGGGUGGCACAAGAAAUAGAAGAAGCAACUAACAUGAAAGAAAUUACGAACAUUGGUGAUUUUGCUGACCGUCUGAGUGAGGAAGCUCUAGAAAAGAUGCAGUAUCUUCAUGCAGCUCUGACUGAGACUCUCAGACUCUAUCCUGCAGUUCCAGUGGACGCAAAGAUGUGCUUAUCAGAUGACACUCUUCCUGAUGGUUUUAACGUGAGGAAAGGAGACAUGGUGGCAUACCAACCAUAUGCAAUGGGAAGGAUGAGAUUCAUAUGGGGCGAUGAUGCAGAAAAAUACAGACCAGAGAGAUGGCUUGAUGAGAAUGGUAGCUUCAAGCAAGAGAGCGCCUUCAAAUUUACAGCCUUUCAGGCAGGCCCACGAAUAUGUCUGGGGAAGGAAUUUGCAUAUAGGCAGAUGAAGAUCUUCUCAGCAGUUUUGUUGCAUUUCUUUGUGUUCAAAUUGGGUGAUGAUCAGAAAGUUGUCAACUACAGGACUAUGCUCAAUCUUCGCAUCGAUGGCGAACUCCAUGUUCAUGCCUUCCACAGAGGCGGCCACUAGAACUCAACGGGUGUGUUUGUUUGUUGUGUGUUUGGUUUAAUUAAUACCACCUAGAGGGUGGUAUACUAAUAAGAUAAACUGUGUAUAAAGUGAUCUCUCCUUUUUUUUUUUUUUAUCAAAAAUCAUAAGCAGUUGUAUUAAUUUGGAAUGGAAAGAGGUAAGGCAUCAUAAAG